AUGCUCUCGGCAGCAUCAGCUCAGGACUACUUCAACUCCAGUAGCACGGCUGCUGGGGUCGAAGACGAAACCUUCGGCGUAGGGUGCGGUGGUGACAUGGAGUAUCCCCCCACCGAUGAAUUCACGGAGCAGCCGCGGUUCGCCUACCUCAUCACGAAUCCGGUGGCCGAUUUCAUCGCUGUUCACUUCACGCACUUCAACUUGCCCGAAAGCGACUACGUGCAGAUUCGUCCAGCGGACCCCGCUUCGAGCGAGACUCAUGUUUUGCAGUACCGAGGCAACGAGACGAACGGGUCCUUCUACGCGACUGCACUCUCGACUUCGGCUGUGAUCGUCGAGCUGUUCACCGAGUCGGCAAACCACCCGCAGGCCGUGAACACGUCGCAGUGUAUGGGGUUUUCGGUCGACAGCUACCAGUACUUGGCUCAAGGAUCAACACAGAAUGGCUCGAAGGAAGAGGUGUGCGGCGCAGACAACAGCCGAGAAGCAGCGUGCUACAAGUCGUUCAAUACUGCCUUCCAGACUUCCAACACGGUGGUCCGCCUGCUGAUUAAGAAACCCGAAGGUGCUUUCUUCUGCACGGGAUGGCUCCUGGGCAGCGAGGGCCACCUUGUCACCAACCACCACUGCAUCUCGACCCAAGAGCAUGCCAGUAACACGGAGUUUGAGUUUGACGCUCAGGGAUCUUCUUGCAGCAGAAGUUGCGCCUCUGCUCGCGCUUGUGGUGGAGAUAUCCGCGCUAAUUAUGCAACGCUGAUCUAUGCAGAUGAAGGUCUCGACUACGCCCUCGUGAAGCUGCCCAGCUAUCUGGCCAGAGAGUAUGGCUACCUACAACUUCGAUCAAGCGGAGCUGCCAUGAACGAGCGCGUCUACUUGCCGCAGCACCCGGCAGGAUGGGGCAAGCGUAUCGCGAUGAAGUCGGACAGCGGCUGGGGAAAGGUGACGUCGCUGUCGAUGGAAGGCUGCGCGCGGGACCAGGUUGCUUACUACCUCGACACGCAGGGAGGGUCUUCGGGGUCCCCACUCCUUUCGUGGUCGGACAACUUGGUAAUUGCUCUGCACCACUGCGGUGGGUGCCCCAACACGGCCAUUAACAGCUACAAACUGGUGAACGACAUGCGCUGGCGGAACAUCCUCCCUGCAGACGCUGCUGUGUAA